UCAAAUCAACAAAGCAGGUCGUCAAAAGUAACCCUCAGGUCCCGUCUGUCGAUAAAGGAGCUGCCAGUCUAGGACUUUAUUACCUCUGUGCUCCCGCCCAUCCCUACUCUUUUGUACAUGACAAGACCGUAGGCAGGCAAGCAAGCCUAUCUUUUGCUGGCCCCGUGACCGGAUGUUUGAAAUGUCUGUACAUAUUUUGGAGCCAGCGGUGAAGAGCUCUAUGUUGUCCCUUUCGUGUGGGGUCUCACCCGAAGGUGAGAGAAUCGCAGAAUAUAGAAAAGAGGGAAGGAAGUGGGCAGGUACUUGCUGACAAACUGCAUGCCUCAGCAGGGAUUCAGAAGACAAAUAAGUCCCAACACCUGACUUGUGAGAGAGUGGUUGGAGCUGAUCCUGGAACUGCAGCAUGGAGACGCAGAGGCUGCUGACCUCAGUAAAUAGCUAUGGGUCUCAGGAGGGGGAUGCCAGACCAAACAUAGACUCUGCAUCCUUUCAACCAGAAGAAGAGGAACUCCGCAGGCGCCUCAAGUAUUACUUCAUGAGCCCUUGUGACAAGUUUCGUGCCAAAGGCCGUAAGCCUUUCAAGCUGGUACUCCAGGUGAUCAAGAUCAUAAUAGUCACCGUCCAGCUCAUUCUCUUUGGGCUCAGUAAUCAGAUGGUAGUGGCCUUCAAAGAAGAGAACACCAUCACAUUCAAGCACCUCUUCCUGAAGGACUAUUCAGAUGGGUCAGAGGAGAUCUAUGCAGUCUAUACACAGGCAGAUGUCUAUGACCACAUGUUCUAUGCAGUGGACAAGUACUUGGCCAUUCCAAAUGAGACGAUUGGGCGCUAUGCCUAUGUGCACGCCGAUGGUGCUAACCAGUCUGCACUCAUGCUCUGCCAACAAUACUACCGCAAAGGGGAGAUUGACCCAGCCAAUGAUACCUUCAACAUUGAUCCCAAGGUCAUCACAGAGUGUUUGGGUGUGGAUCCCCAAGAGAUGAUGGCCUUCAACACUCACUCUGAGGAGAAGUUUCCAGCCCUCCUGGAGCCAGACCACAGCUACAGGAACUUUACUCUCAAGUUUUACAAACUUAUUAAUGUCACCAUCCAGUUCAAGCUGAAAGCCAUAAACAUACAAACAAUAAUCAACAACGAAAUUCCAGACUGCUACACCUUUUCUAUCACAAUCACAUUUGACAACAAAGCACACAGUGGCCGAGUGAAGAUCAGUUUGGACAACAAAGUGGACAUCCAGGAGUGUAAAGACCCCAGCGUCUAUGGCAAAGGAGACAAUCAUUUUCGGAUGUUCUUUGAUGUGGUUGUACUCCUCAGCUGUGUGCUGUCUUUCAUCUUAUGUACCCGCUCAAUCAUCAGGGGGCUUCUACUGCAGCACGAGUUCAGUCAGUUUUUCCAGCGUCACUACAACCAGGAUAUUUGCCUGUCUGACCGCAUGGAGUUUGUGAAUGGCUGGUACAUCCUGCUUGUGGUGAGCGACAUACUUACUGUGUUUGGGACCAUAAUGAAGAUUGGAAUUGAGUCCAAGAACUUUGCCAACUAUGAUGUGUGCGGCAUUCUCCUGGGCACCUCCACGCUCCUGGUCUGGGUUGGUGUGAUGCGCUACCUCAGCUUCUUCCAGAAGUACAAUAUCCUUAUUGUCACCAUGCGGGUUGCCUUCCCCAAUGUCAUCCGCUUCUGCUGCUGCGUGGCAGUAAUUUAUUUGGGUUACUGCUUCUGUGGCUGGAUUGUGCUGGGACCCUACCACGUCAAGUUCCGUUCGCUCUCAAUGGUGUCGGAGUGCCUUUUCUCUCUUAUCAAUGGGGAUGAUAUGUUUGUGACCUUUGCUGCAAUGCAACAGAACAACUACUUGGUGUGGCUCUUUAGCCAGCUCUACCUGUACACCUUCAUCAGCCUCUUCAUCUACAUGGUGCUCAGCCUCUUCAUUGCUCUCAUCACUGGUUCCUAUGAGACCAUCAAGCAUCAAUGUGAGGGGGAGCUGACUGUCACACAGCUCCACGCCUACAUAGCUGAAUGCAAGGACAGCCCCAAGUCGGGCAAGUUCCGCAGGGAGAGCAGCGCCUCGUGCUCCAUCUUCUGCUGCUGUGAGCGAGCCCCACUGCAGGAGAAUGUACUGGUGGUGAACUGAGAGUGCUGACCUGGAAAAUGAAGAGACUGCCCAUUUCUGGGUUGCUUGAGCCACACUGUCCUGAAUGGGAACUGCUGAGAGUGAAGAGACUUUGCUGCGGCCUGUUUUCUGGCAAUGACUUUGGCAAGAGACGCAGCUCAUGUUAUUGCCUUUGGAGAGCUACAAGUCAGUUCCUCAGAGAUCUGGGGGGACAGUAUGUCACAAGCAAUGGAUCGUUCUUGGUACAUUAGCAAGAGACACCUGCGGGGUGGGCAGUACUUUCGGGCUGCAGCUGGAAUUGCAUCAGAUACUCUUCUGCUACUCACUGUGUGUACCAUGUUUCCCAGGCAGGUGGGACUAGGAGGUUUUUAAAUGGCUGCUAGGGAGUAUGCAGUUUUUAAUGGGUUUAUUUUGGAAGAAAAAAAGUUUAUAAAAGGACCUGACAAAGAGUAGGUCAAGGCAAAGUCCUUCACGUUGUGUUUGAGGGUCCAAGCCUUCCAUCCUGCCUAUGGGUAGGAGUUUGCCUUAGAAGGGCUGACUCAAGGGUGUUGCUUUGCUUCCCAUAAGGAAAGCCCAAAGUUCCUCCUCAGCUUAAUUGUUUCAUGUCUGAGUGACAGUUCAGGAUACUACAGAACUUAGACCAAGUCCCAUGUGUAAAUGGGUGCAGGGGAGUUGCUUUAAAAAGACUAUGGCAAAGCUUCUCCUGCCUGGUCCCGCACAUAUGGCUUUGGAUCUGAACCAAAGUAAUCUAGGCCCUUCCCUUCCCCAUCAGUAGUGGGUUGUGUCAUGUAAGUGUCCUGAUCUGGAACAAAUUCUGUUUGGGAUCAGGCAGUGACAACAGGCUGGGGAAUGGCCCUCUAUACCAAUAAUCUGCUGGCCUCUAUGGCCCUCCAGCAAUGACAACUGUACCAAGACUGCUUUACUUUCAGUCACGUGUUGGUAAAUCAGUUUCUCUUCCUGGCACAGCAUUUUGGAGGCACAUUUUGCCUCCAGAAUGCUGCACAGGAAGACUAGGGCAAGCUCACUGAUCAAACAGAGAAGAGAAUAUGCCAACUUGGAUGGAAUAAUAAGAGUCAGUCAGUGGGUUUGGUCAGCAUUGGAACACUCCUGGCUUCUUAUCACAAAAAUCAUUGCAGCAGGAUCUACUGUGCUGCUGCUGCUGCUGCAGAAGAGAGCACUAGCUGCCAGUUCUGGACAUGCUUUCUGUGAGCAUUUUGGUUGUCUUGGCUACCUCUUGCACCUCUCUAUGUGUUUGAUGGGAUUUUGCAGUGGAGGUAAUGAAGAUUUCAACAUACAUGUUGACAUUUUGGAUAGGAUGCUGAGCCUGUCUACUUGCUAUGGCACACUGCUAGCUUUGGCAUCCAGUCCGGCCCUGACCCAUUGCCUCCCUUUAGGUGAAUCCCAGGACUAGUUUUACUCUGAAACACUUGCUUCAGGGAGGAGACUUCAGAGGGGCCCUUCCCCUGCCCCAAUUCAGUCUCCACCUCUGUGUGUCAUUUACAAAAAUGAUCUCUAGUCUUGAGGAUAAUAGAUGAAGUUCUGACUUUUCGCUUAAGGUGCAGACAUUUCUAAGGUCAGGAUUUGCCUUGCAAGAUCCUAAUAUAGGGAGAAGGAUUUAAUCAUGUCUUACCACCUCGCUGCUGAACACUCAUUCUUUCUGCUAGCUACACCUGAGCUGAUGAACCAUUCAGAUAUUGUCAAAUAAUUACUAAUUUAAAGCAUUAAUUUUGCAGAACUGUAGCAAAGAGGGACUAAUUUAGAGGCUCGUUAUUAGCAUAAUUUAUGAAAUGACGAAACAUUGAAAUCAACAAUUUAUAACUAACAAUACAAUAUUAUCAAGUUUUAUGAGAAAAAUAUCCCUUGAACCCUAGGGUUAGGCCAAACCUUUAAAAACAUAGCCUUUGCAAAAUUGUGUUUAAAUGUGAGUGAGCCUACCUAUAAAGUGUGUGUUUUGGGAAGCAAAGAAUCCUCACCCCUGUCUUUUUUUUUGUUAGGUGACACUAUCAUCUACAGUUACAUGCAGACUGCCUGCCUGCUAUACUUGUAGCUUCAUAGAAUAUUUGCUUAAAUGGGUGACCAACUGACCACUGUCCCAAAUCCAAAUAUCAACUUGAGAUGACCAUA